AUGACCCCGCCCCAUUCUCCCGUUUUCCAUCACCCCUCCCCAUUCUCCCUCUUUCUAUCACCCCGCCCCAUUCUCCCUCUUUCCAUCACCCUUCCCCAUUCUCCCGCUUUCUAUCACCCCGCCCCAUUCUCCCGCUUUCCAUCAUCCCCCUCCAUUCUCCCCCUUUCCAUCACCCCGCCCAAUUCUCCCUCUUUCCAUCAACCCUCCCCAUUCUCCCUCUUUCCAUCACCCCGCCCCAUUCUCCCGCUUUCCAUCACCCCGCCCCAUUCUCCCUCUUUCCAUCACCUCGCCCCAUUCUCCCGCUUUCCAUCACCCCGCCCCAUUCUCGCUCUUUCUAUCACCCCUCACUAUUCUCCCGCUUUCCAUCACCCCGCCCAAUUCUCCCUCUUUCUAUCACCCCUCCCCAUUCUCCCUUUUUCUAUCACCCCGCCCCAUUCUCCCGCUUUCCAUCACCCCGCCCCGUUCUCCCUCUUCUCAUCACCCCGCCCCAUUCUCCCUCUUUCCAUCACCCCGCCCCAUUCUCCUGCUUUCCAUCACCCCGCCCCAUUCUCCCUCUUUCCAUCACCCCGCCCCAAUCUCCCGCUUUCCAUCACCUCGCCCCAUUCUCCCUCUUUCCAUCACCCCGCCCCAUUCUCCCUCUUUCCAUCACCCCGCCCCAUUCUCCCGCCUUCCAUCACCCCGCCCCAUUCUCCCUCUUUCCAUCACACCGCUCCAUUCUCCCGCUUUCCAUCACCCCGCCCCAUUCUCCCGCUUUCCAUCACCCCGCCCCAUUCUCCCUCUUUCCAUCACCCCGCCCCGUUCUCCCGCUUUCCAUCACCCUGCCCCAUUCUCCCUCUUUCCAUCACCCCGCCCCAUUCUCCCACUUUCCAUCACCCCGCCCCAUUCUCACACUUUCCAUCACCCCGCUCUAUUCUGCCGCUUUCCAUCACCCCGCCCAAUUCUCCCUCUUUCUAUCACCACUCCCCAUUCUCCCUCUUUCCAUCACCCUGCCCCAUUCUCCCGCUUUCCAUCACCCCGCCCCAUUCUCCCGCUUUCCAUCACCCCGCCCCAUUCUCCCGCUUUCCAUCACCCCGCCCCAUUCUCCCGCUUUCCAUCACCCCGCCCCAUUCUCUCGCUUUCCAUCAACCCGCCCCUUUCUCCCUCUUUCCAUCACCCUGCCCC